GAGGGCCUCCCGCCACCCGUCGCGGCGACGGCGGCCGCGGCAGCGCGCCAGCCUAGGAGGGCCCGCGAGGCCGACGGCGGCGGCGGCAGCAGGGGCGGCGGCGGCGGCAGGGGCGCCGCGGCCGAGGACCUGUUUGGGCUCGCCAUGGGGGAGCUGCUUGUGGAUGAGGAGGCGGCGGUGGAAGGCGGGCAGGCGGCGCGCCGUGAUGGGGGCGGGCCCGCCGCGGCGGCGCCGAAGACGGGCAUUAUGACCGCCGCCGCGCGGGCGUUUGGGCAGCUGAUUCGGGAGCCGGGUAGCGGCGGCGGCGGCGGCGACGCGGCGGCCGCGGCGCCGGAUAAGAAGCGGCGGAAGCAGCAGGCCGCGGACACGCUCCUGGUGCCGCACGCCAAAGGCGGCGCGUCGGCGGCGGGGGGCGGCGGCGGCGGCGGCGGCGGCGGCGGGGUGAGCAUUGCGCCGGCGGGCGGGUUCGUGCCAUCGCCAACAUUUGCGGGGGCGCGGCCGGGGAUGGUUUUCAAGAAGGGGGACAGGGGGGUGGGGUACUACCCAGACACGAAGGCCAGGGCACCAAAAGGCAGCAAGCAGCAGCACCAGGCGGUGGGCGCGAGGGGGCCGUCUGAAAAGGCGGCGAAGCCUCGCAAGGCGCCCGCGGGACAGGAGCAGCAGCAGAAGCAGCAGCAGCAGCGGAAGCCGGCCCUGCCGCCGCUGCCAGGCACCAAGGCGGCGCGGAGGUCUCGAAAAGCCGAGCUGUCAGACAGCAGCGACAGCGACAGCGGCGGCGGCGGUGGCGGCCGCGGCCCUCCGAAGGGCGUUGGCGCCCGGCGCGGCGACGGCGGCAGCAGCAGCGACGACGAGGGCGGCGCCCCGCGUGGUGGCAGCUUUGGGGACCGGCAGGAGCGCGCCAGGCGCCGCAAGGCUCUCCCUGGGCGGCUGAGGAAAAAGGUGGCCAAGUCCAAGCAGCAGCAGGGGAAGCAGGCGGAGCAGCAGCAGCAGCAGCAGCAGCAGCAGCAGCAGCAGCAGCAGCAGCAGCAGCAGAAGACGAAGCAAUAUCAGCAAGCAGCAGCACCACAACAGCAGCAGCAGCAGCAGCAGCAAUUGAGGUCUUGGCAGUUGCAGCAGCAGGAGCGGCAGCAGUAG